CGCUCGCCAGAGGAUGGGGAUGGAGAGCACGAGCUCCCGCAGCGGGGAUGGAUUAUGAUGAUUCCGUAGCCUUCUGCAGCAGGAAUAGUAAAACCCCUUCUAGCUCUGCGUGCCAGGAGCAGCCUGCAGGUUUGCAAUGAAGUGCCCUGCACCCGAGGAAUGCUGCUGUCCGCAGGCAGUGCAGACAAGCAGUGUGCGUCACGCCGGAGCCUGCCGCUGAGGGCCCAUCUCCCCACCUGAGAUCACACUGCAGGGCUCCCACUCGAUUCCAUGAGAUCUGGGACACCCAGCGCCCCCGGACUGCCCUCCUCAAGCAGAUGUUAAUGGGAGAGGAAUGGUGCUGAUCCCCGUGCUGCUGCCGUCGCUGCCCUGAGCUGUUAAGCCUCUUUAGUCCUGCUUGGACAGGGAAUAGAGCUGCUCUGUGGUGGUGUUGACUGCGAGUCAUGACGAAUAAACCAAUGCACUGAAGGUCAUCACGUCCAGAAAGAUCAUUAUCCACAAUAAUAAGGCAAGGAAGAAAAUGUAGAGGGCCGGAGGCGAGGCCGAAAGCCCGGAGCGAGCGCUGGGCCCCGCGGCAUCACCAUGUCCAAGAAGGGCCCCAGCGGCCGAGCCCGGGGGGAGAAGCCGGAUGCCCUGGCUGCACUGCAGGCUGCCAAUGAGGAGCUCAGGGCCAAGCUCACCGACAUCCAGAUAGAGCUCCAGCAGGAAAAGAGUAAGGUCAGCAAGUUGGAAAGGGAGAAAAACCAGGAAGUGAAGCAGAUCAAAGAGCACGAGCAGCAUAAAAGCACAGUGGUGGUAACGGAGCUCAAAGUCAAGCUUCAUGAAGAUAAAAUGAAGGAGCUCCAAGCUGUUCGAGAAACGCUUCUGAGGCAGCACGAGGCUGAACUGCUGAGAGUGAUCAAAAUCAAAGACAAUGAAAUCCAGAGGCUGCAGACGCUCCUCAACGCCGUGCGCGACGGGGCUCCCGACAAGGUGAAGACGGUGCUGCUGUCCGAGGCCAAGGAGGAGGCCAAGAAGGGCUUCGAAGUUGAGAAAAUAAAAAUGCAGCAGGAAAUUUCGGAGCUGAAGGGGGCCAAGAAACAAGUGGAAGAGGCUUUGACCAUGGUCAUCCAGGCGGACAAGAUUAAAGCAGCGGAGAUCAGGAGUGUGUACCACCUGCACCAAGAGGAGAUCAGCAGAAUCAAGAGGGAGUGUGAGAGAGAAAUCCGGAGGCUGAUGGAGGAGAUUAAGUUUAAGGACAGAGCAGUCUACGUGCUGGAGAGAGAGUUAGGGGUGCAAGCCGGGCAUGCUCAGAGACUGCAGCUCCAAAAGGAGGCUUUAGAUGAACAACUUUCCCAGAUCAAAGAGGCCGAUCGGCAUCUGAGCAGCCCCAAGCGGGAACUUCCUUAUCCAAGUGGUGCAGGAGACGCUUCAGACCAUUCGGGAAGCCCCGAACAGCAGUUGGAUGAAAAGGAUGCCCGGCGGUUCCAACUGAAAAUCGCGGAGCUGAGUGCCAUCAUCAGGAAGCUGGAGGACCGGAACGCGCUGCUCUCAGAGGAGAGGAACGAGCUGUUAAAACGUCUGCGAGAAGCUGAGAGUCAGUAUAAGCCCAUUCUGGACAAAAACAAGCGCCUUAGCAGGAAGAAUGAUGAACUGUCACAUGCCUUACGUCGAAUGGAAAACAAGCUAAAAUUUGUGACACAAGAGAACAUUGCAAUGAGGCAAAGAGCUGGGACAAUAAGGAGACCAAGCUCUUUGAAUGACCUUGACCAGGAAGAAAGGGAAGUUGAUUUCCUGAGACUACAAGUUCUUGAACAGCAAAAUAUCAUUGAUGAGCUCUCCAAGACACUGGAAACUGCUGGCUAUGUGAAGAGUGUCAUGGAGCGUGAUAAACUGUUGAGGUAUAGGAAGCAACGGAAGAAAAUGACAAGAAUUCCUAAGAAGCCGGUUGUGGAGACGUUCUUUGGCUACGAUGAAGAAGCUUCCUUGGAGUCUGAUGGUUCCUCUAUCUCGUACCAAACUGACCGCACAGAUCAAACCCCUUGCACGCCUGAGGAUGACUUGGAAGAGGGCAUGGCCAAGGAAGAGACAGAACUGCGGUUUCGGCAGCUGACGAUGGAGUACCAGGCUCUGCAACGAGCAUACGCCCUAUUGCAAGAACAGGUCGGAGGAACAUUGGAUGCAGAACGAGAAGUUAAGACACGUGAGCAGCUCCAAGCAGAAAUACACCGCUCGCAGGCUCAGAUCCAGGACCUGGAGAAGGCCCUCGCGGAGCAGGGGCAGGACAUGAAGUGGAUUGAGGAGAAGCAAGCGCUGUAUAGAAGAAACCAGGAACUGGUAGAAAAGAUAAAGCAGAUGGAAGCUGAGGAAGCUCGCUUGAAACACGAUGUCCAGGACGCAAAGGAUCAGAACGAGCUCCUGGAGUUCAGGAUCUUGGAGCUUGAAGUGAGCACGUGUUGCAGCCGUGGUCCUGCCCUGGUUUGUGAGCGGGAGCGGCGAUCGCCUGCCAUCAACUUCCACCACGGCCCCUUUACAGAGGGGAAAAGCCCUCUCCAGGUGUACUGCGAGGCAGAAGGUGUAACAGACAUAGUAGUAGCAGAGCUGAUGAAAAAGUUGGACAUUUUAGGGGAUAACGCCGUAAGUAAUCUGACCAAUGAAGAGCAAGUAGUUGUCAUACAAGCAAGGACCGUCCUCACGCUGGCUGAAAAGUGGCUACAGCAGAUAGAAGUGACAGAGUCUGCGCUGCAGCAGAAGAUGCUGGACCUUGAGAAUGAAAAGGAGCUGUUCAGCAAGCAGAAGGGUUACCUGGAUGAUGAGCUCGACUUCAGGAAACAGUCCCUGGACCAAGCUCACAAGCAAAUUCUGGAAUUAGAAGCCAUGCUCUAUGAUGCCCUGCAGCAAGAAGCUGGAGCCAAAAUCUCCGAACUCCUUUCAGAAGAAGAGAAGGAGAAGCUGAAGAGCGCCGUGGAGCAAUGGAAGCGGCAGGUGAUGAGCGAGCUCCGGGAGAGGGAUGCCCAGAUCCUGCGGGAAAGGAUGGAGCUCAUCCAGCACGCACAGCAGAGAAUUAAAGAGCUAGAAGAAAGAAUUGAAGGCCAAAAAAGACAAAUAAAAGAGUUAGAGGAAAAGCUUUCAUUCUUUGGUCAUAGCCCUUCAGGCCAGCCGCAGAAGGUAAGCCUCGGACCACCUCCCGUCUGCCCUCUUCUUGUAAAGCUUCCCCUUGCUACUCAGGCUGCUCUGGCAGUACUGGGGGUUCUGGGUGCCCAGAUAGCCCCAACAUGGCAAUCUCUAAAGCCUGUAGAACAUGUGAAACCUGGGCCCCGCAAGCUGAAACUUGUCCAACAGAAUUCCCUUCUCCAGAAGGAAGGGCAGGGAGGGAUUAAAACCCAGCAGGCUGAAAAGCAAGGAAGCUUCUAGCAAAGCAGGAUGAACCCCAGCCUGUGCUGACUACAUCAGGGGGGUUUCCAGCUGAUCCUUACUGGAAUCCAUGGAAAUCUGCUGCCCUUCUCCCUGCAUGGCUCACAGCCAGGCUGAACCUCUCGCAUUGCCUUGUCCUGCUUCAGGCUGAGCUACCAGAAUGCUUGGGGGCAAAAUGUGUCACCUAUAAAUGUUUCUCCAAGCACCAUGCCAUAGGGCCCUAGGUUUGCCUAAAUAUCCCUUUUCCCCAGGUAAAUAGGAGAUAAAUUGACAAUUCAUUUGUGCUUCCAGAGAUGGCACCACAUCAUGGGUGGCGUCGAGGGGAAUGUUCCCCAUUAGCCAUCAAUGUCAACAGAAAAUAACACAGACCCUUUGCUA